AUGGCGUCGUCCGGCCAGCCCAAGGUCGUGCUCCUUGACAUUGAGGGCACAGUAUGUCCCAUCUCAUUCGUCAAGGAUGUGCUUUUUCCCUACGCUCUCUCAGCGCUCCCAGCAACCCUUGAAGCCCAAUGGGACAAGCCAGAGUUCUCACAGUACAGGGACGCCUUUCCGGCAGAGCAUGCCAGCUCACAAGAAGCCUUGACAGCUCAUGUCAAGGACCUCAUGAGCCGUGAUGUCAAGAUCGCCUACCUCAAGAGCCUCCAGGGUUAUCUCUGGGAGUCCGGCUACAAGUCCGGCGAGCUCAAGGCCCCGCUCUUCGACGAUGUCGCUCCCAAGUUUGUCCAGUGGAAGAAGGCCGGAGAAGAGAUCAUGAUCUACUCUUCCGGAUCGGUGGCGGCGCAAAAGCUGCUGUUCAAGCACACCAACGGUCACCCGGCCGAUCUGAUUCCCGAGAUUUCCGACUUUUUUGACACAGUCAAUGCCGGGCCAAAGCAAGAGGCGUCGUCCUACCAGACCAUCCUGGCAGCUCAUCCGGAAUUCCCAGAGGCGAACAGCUGGCUCUUCCUGAGCGACAAUGUCAAGGAGGUGGAGGCUGCCAAGCAAGCUGGCAUGCAGAGCUUUGUUGUCGAGCGGCCGGGCAAUGCCGAGUUGUCGGCUGAGGACAGAGAGAAGCACCGGGUCAUCAAGACAUUUGCUGAGAUUUAG